AUGUCAGUGGAUUUCCCGGCGUCAUCUCUCGAUGGAUCCCUCGCUUCACUCGUGCACUCACAGAUCUCGCCAAUUCCACAGCUAUUCCCCUACACGCAAACAACAACCAUCUCAUCGUUGAUCGUCGAUGCUGUAAAGGAAGCGAUUGAUGCAAACGCCACCGAGGACCCAAAUCGUUGUGGUCUUCAACCGCACGCGUACCUUGAAGUGAAAUUCUUUUUGAUCAGCGUUGUCGGCAGUAUUAUUGGCCUAUUCGGUCUCUUCGGGAAUAUUAGUACAGCUUUGAUUUUGACAAGGCCAUCAAUGCGAAACCCGAACAACUUGUACCUGACAGCGUUGGCCGUUUUCGAUUCUUGUUUACUCAUCACAGCGUUUUUCAUCUACGCAAUGGAGUAUAUCAUUGAGUACACACAACAAUUUCAACUCUACGUCGCUUGGUUGACGUAUUUGAGAUUCGCUUUCGCUUUGUCUCACAUCUCUCAAACGGGAAGUGUCUACGUAACGGUGACUGUGACAAUCGAAAGAUAUCUAGCAGUUUGCUAUCCGAAACGCUCAAAGCGAUACUGUAGCUCGGGCGGUGCCGCGUGGACGAUCCUCGGUGUGACCACGUUUGCUUUGUUGUUCAAUUCGACAAAGUUUUUCGAAUUGGAAGUAACAAUCAAUCCAGAGUGCGGUGAGGGAACGAAUUGGCAAUCCUAUAUGCUUAAACCAUCAAAAAUGGCUCAAAAUGAGUACUAUCAACAGGUCUACGCAUUGUGGAUCACCAACUUUGUGAUGGUCUUCUUUCCGUUUUGUUGUUUAUUAGUGCUCAAUUCGAUCAUCGCUUACACAAUCAAGAGAAGCCUUCAGAAAUUUGACUACAGCGAUCCAAAGAUUCAGGUGAAAGAUCGACACGAGUUGAAGGAGAAGAGUCGAGAGGCGACUAUGGUUUUGAUCACGAUCGUUUUCAUCUUUUUGAUCUGCAACUUCUGGGGAUUUGUGCUCACAUUACUUGAGCAAAUCCUUCCUUCAUCCAUUUUGCAUGAGGAUUACGGCACUUUUUACACCUUCUCCCGAGAGGCCAUCAACUUUCUCGCGAUCAUCAACUCGUCCAUCAAUUUUGUCAUCUAUAUCAUUUUUGGAAAGGAUUUUAGAAAAGAGCUGAUCAUUGUUUACGGGUGUGGAAUGAGAGGAAUGACGCUGAGACUGCCGACUCAUGAUAAGUUCAGUAUAUGGCGAACGUGGACGAAACGGGUGGACAUUCGGCGGAGCAUUUCGAUGGUUACGGCUCGCCGGAAAUCGCAUGCCGUGGGAUCAGAAGAUCCCCAUUCGGGACGGCGAACCUCGAUGUUGCUCGGAUAUCGAUCAGAGUUUGGGCUCGCAAAUGGGCAAGCUGUGGGAACCCCAGGAGCCUCUUCUACAAGAGGUGGAGGCUCGUCAUCCCCAUUCCACCCCUCCUCCUACUCUCCCGCCCACUCCGAGCGGCUCAUUCCCCUCAUUGACGAUCACCCUCGUUUGAACGGUCAUCUACAUCAAGAUUCACUCGAUUCACCAAUCAAGUGCCUUGUCAAUGGUUCUGAAGGUUACGUUUCUUCUCCCAACUCUCCGCGUUUCCUCUCACCAACCACUUGUCUUUCUCUUCAAAAGGAAACAAUCGUCUCAUUGUCUUCACGAAAUGGCGAUUGUAAUAGUGAUCGAUUAGGGACACUGUGU